AUGGCUUCCAUACCUCUUCAUGUUGCACUACUGCUUUCUCUUCUCUGCACCCAACCCUUUAUUUCAACAGCACAUUGCUUGCAACAAGAGCGAGAUGCCCUUCUCGGCUUCAAAGCCGGCAUUAAAGAUCCUACCAACAAGCUUGCUUCAUGGGUCGGCGACGACUGCUGCCAAUGGAGAGGAGUACACUGCAGCAACACAACAGGGCAUGUCGUCCAAUUAGACCUCCAUAAUCCACAGCCUCUCAACUAUGAUGGCUCGCCCGACUACAGUGGCUCUCUCAGUGGUGAGAUCAAUCCAUCCUUGCUUGGCCUUGAACACUUGAGCUACUUGGACCUCAGCCUCAAUUAUUUUGUAGGUGCCACCAUUCCUAAAUUCAUCGGUUCAUUAAAGGAGUUGACAUACAUAAACUUCUCUCGAGCCAGUUUCGCAGGUAUCAUACCACCUGAGCUUGGAAACCUCUCUAACCUUCACCACCUUGACUUGUAUUCCCUUGCUCCCACACUCUAUGCUAAGGAUGUUCAAUGGAUUUCCAGUCUCUCUUCUUUGAGAUACCUUAAUAUGGGUGGUGUGAACCUAAUCAGUGUGACUAGUUGGUUGCAAGUUCUCAACAUGCUCCCCUCCAUCACUGAGAUACAUUUGUCUUCAUGUCAAUUGCAUGAUUUUCCGCAAAAUCUUCCACAAACCAACUUCACUAAUCUCUCUGUUCUUGAUCUUUCUGAUAACACUUUCAAUUCUAGCAGAAUACCAGAUUAUUUGUUUCAUAUAACAAGUCUUAAACAUCUUGAUCUCCGAGCAAGCGAACUUAGGGGUGUUGUCCCAGUUGACAUCGGGAAUCUGACCUCUCUCGAGUACCUUGACCUGUCUUACAAUGUUUACUUUGUGGGUCGAAUGCCAAGAUCACUUGGUAGACUCUGCAAUUUGCAUACAUUAUACCUGUCUGCUUCAUUGUCUAGCGAUAACCUGGCCGAGUUUGGGGAAGUCCUUGAUGGUUGUAUUAGAAAUAGCCUGGAGGAAUUCUCUUUAGAAGCCAAUGGAUUUUUCGAGCCUUUACCAGAUUGGUUAGGGAACCUUAAGAAUCUCAAAACUCUUGAUCUUUCCUCUAACAACCUUUAUGGUUCCAUUCCUGCAUCUAUAGGAAGAAUGUCAUCAUUACAAAACCUUUAUCUCGCACAAAAUGGACUCAAUGGAACAGUUUCAGAAAGCAUUGGACAACUUUCAAAGCUAGAAUAUUUGGAUCUUAGCUUCAAUCCUCUGAAAACUGUCAUGUCUGAAGCACAUUUCACUAAUCUCACUAGUCUGAACUAUCUGGAACUGACUGAAAGUUCCUUAGCUUUACAUGUGAGCUCUGAUUGGAUUCCACCGUUCCAACUUAGGGUGAUUCACUUAUCUUCUUGCCGACUUGGUCCACAAUUUCCGGCAUGGAUCCGAACACAGGUGAAUGCUUUUAUCCUCGAUAUGACGAACACUGGACUGGCAGGUACCAUGCCAGACUGGUUUUUUUCGGAAGUACUUUCUCAUCUGAAUGUUGCAGAGCUAUCACUCAAUCGAAUCAGCGGCGAGAUGCCCAGAAUACUAAAAGUUGGCAAGUAUGGACCUGUAAGUCUUAAUUUAAGUUCCAAUCGCUUGGAGGGUCCAAUACCUAUCUUCUCUCCAAACCUUAUAACUCUGGAUUUAUCAAAUAACUCACUUUCAGGAACAAUUCCUUCUGCCAUUGGCAAGGCAUUACCAUAUUUGACCUUUCUUUCUCUCUCUGCAAGCAACUUGCAUGGUGGUAUCCCCUACUCUUUGUGUAAUAUGAGGUUUCUGAGGUUUCUGGUGCUGUCAAACAAUCACCUAUCUGGAGAGAUCCCAGAUUGUUGGGAGAAUUCGGUCAGAAUGCAAUUUUUGAGCUUAGCCAACAACAACUUGUCUGGAGUUGUUCCAAGCUCCAUUGGUUCACUAGCAUUGCUUAAUGUGUUGGACUUGAGCCAUAACAGUCUGGGUGGAGAACUCCCAGUCUCCUUGAAGGGUUGUAAGGAAUUGGUUCUUUUGAAUCUUGAACAAAAUAAAUUGAGCGGAAACCUACCAACUUGGAUUGGUGAAAGUUUAUCACGUCUGUUGAUCCUCAGCUUGAGAUCAAAUAUGUUCGCUGGCGAUAUACCCCUGAAGUUAUCUCAACUUAGUCUUCUGCAUUUCCUCGACCUGUCAAACAAUAAAUUAUCUGGAAUUAUACCAGCAAGCUUUAAGAAUUUCACUGGAAUGAAGGUUGUCCGUCGAAGGGCUGGCGAAUCUUAUGUCAACUUUUGGAGGACCCCAAUGGUCAUCAUGCAAGUGGUGAUGAAGGGAAGAGAUCUUGAUUAUGGGAAGUUGCUUUCACUUUUGACAUCCAUAGAUCUCUCGGACAAUAAUUUAUCAGGACAGAUACCAGAGGAAUUAAUGGAUCUCGUCGGGUUGCGAAAUCUGAAUCUAUCUGGAAAUAGUCUUACUGGAGAGAUCCCUGAGAGGAUCGGUGAACUGCGAUCCUUGGAGUCAUUGGAUUUAUCAAGAAAUGAGCUUUCAGGUCCUAUUCCAUCAGGUUUGUCUGGUUUAAACUUUUUGAGCCAUUUGAACUUGUCAUAUAACAACCUGUCUGGAAGAAUUCCCUCUGGUGGACAGCUGCAGACAUUCAACGAUCCAUCAGUUUUUGUCGGAAAUCAUGACCUCUGUGGGUUCCCUCUGCCUGUAAAUUGCCAUGUUGAUGAUAAAAAUCAAGGUCCAAAAUCUUUUGCUGAUGAUGAAGGAGAGAGUGGAAUUCUGUGGUAUGGUCUAGGUGCCGGAACCGGUUUUGCUGCUGGAUUUUGGACGGUCUUUGGUGUGUUAGUGCUCAAUAGGUUGUGGAGAAUUGCUUAUUUUCGAUUCGUGGACGGUAUGUGUGACAUGAUUUAUGUAGCUUUUGCCAGGAACAUGACCAAAUUGAAGAGAAGCUUGUUUGGAGGAAGGAUGGGAUGA